AUGAGCUGGCUUCGGAAGGCGACAGUUCUGGCGCCUUAUUCUCCGAUAGUUCCGACUUCUUUACGCGUACUGGGCUGCUCAGCAUGGCAACAAGCCCACAGCCUCAAAACGACUUCGCGUGCAUGGAAACAUAGACAAGGCCGCAAGCGCUUUCUCGUAGCAAGUUACGCGCCUCAUAAGCACAGCUUCGCGACAGCAUCUACCUCUUCCGUAGUCGUUCCUUACCAGUCGCUCACGGUUGGCAUUCCACGCGAGACAUUCCCCAACGAGCGUCGUGUGGCCAUCACGCCGCAAAACGUAGCGCUUCUCUUGAAAAAGGGGUUUUCAAGGGUUCUGGUAGAAAGCGGCGCUGGCGCCGAAGCUCAGUUCACUGACGAGGCAUACAGAAAGGCCGGCGCAAUUAUUGUUGAGAGAGAUGUAGUCUGGUCUCAGAGUGACAUUCUUCUCAAAGUUCGCGCGCCCAGUAUAGAAGAUGGGACUAAGGACGAAGUAAAUUCGAUGCGCGAAGGUGCGACCAUCAUCUCGUUCCUUUACCCUGCACAGAACAAAUCAGUCGUCGAAGCCCUCGCGGGACGCGGAAUCACUUCAUUUGCCAUGGACAAGAUUCCUCGAAUUUCACGUGCCCAAGUAUUUGAUGCACUAAGUUCAAUGGCCAAUAUCGCCGGAUAUAAAGCUGUCUUGGAAGCUUCGAACGAGUUUGGCCGCUUCCUUGCUGGCCAAGUGACAGCUGCUGGAAAGAUACCACCUAGCAAAGUUCUCGUCAUCGGAGCCGGAGUUGCUGGUUUGAGCGCAAUUGGAGCCGCACGUCGCAAUGGCGCAAUUGUUCGUGCAUUCGAUACGCGUCCUGCCGCUCGUGAGCAGGUACAAUCCUUGGGCGCAGAGUUUAUCGAGGUCGAUAUGGAGGAAGAUGGCUCUGGUCAAGGCGGAUAUGCCAAAGAGAUGUCAAAGGAGUUUAUUGAGGCCGAGAUGAAACUUUUUAUGGAGCAAUGUCGAGAGGUUGAUAUAAUCGUUACAACUGCUCUCAUUCCCGGCAAGCCCGCCCCAAAGCUCAUUACUAAAGAGAUGGUGCAUGCAAUGAGACCAGGAUCGGUGAUUGUCGAUCUCGCUGCCGAAGCUGGAGGUAAUUGUGAAGCUACAGUUCCUGGGAAAUUGGCUAUUUAUGACGGAGUGAAGGUGAUUGGGUACACCGACUUGCCUUCACGACUACCGACUCAGUCAUCUACAUUGUAUUCAAACAACAUCACAAAGUUCCUACUCUCUCUAGCAGACAAGGACAAAGGCUUUUACGUUGAUCUAAACGACGAAGUGACCCGCGGCGCAAUUGUGAGCUUCAACGGCGAGAUCCUGCCACCACCUCCGCCCCCUACGCCUCCUCCAACGCCUGCUGCUGGGACAACCCAAGCCCAGGCAAAAGAGGUAAAGGCAGUUGAAGUGACUCCUUGGAAAAAGGCAACACGACAAGUCGCUACGGUUACGGCAGGUAUGGGAUCAGCUCUUGCUUUAGGAAAGCUAACCGGUCCUGUGUUCAUGGGCAACAUGUUUACGUUUGGAUUGGCUGGACUCGUGGGCUAUCGCGCAGUCUGGGGCGUUGUACCUGCCUUGCACUCUCCUCUGAUGAGUGUGACUAACGCCAUUUCAGGAAUGGUUGGUAUCGGCGGUCUCUUCGUCAUGGGUGGAGGUUAUUCCCCGACCACCAUUCCCGAGGCUUUGGGAGCACUGUCUGUUCUUCUUGCAUUUGUGAACGUAUCUGGGGGUUUCGUGAUUACCAAGCGCAUGCUGGACAUGUUUAAGCGCCCUACUGAUCCUCCAGAAUAUCCCUGGUUGUACGCUAUACCAGGUCUUAUCUUCGGCGGAGGGUACAUUGUUGCCGCUUCCACUGGUAUGGCAGGACUUGUACAGGCUGGAUACCUAGUCAGCAGUGUACUCUGCAUUAGCUCUAUAUCUGGGCUGGCAUCCCAAUUGACGGCACGUCGAGGAAACAUUCUUGGAAUUCUAGGCGUUAGCUCAGGAUUUCUAGCCUCGUUACUCGCAGUCGGAUUCUCUCCAGCAACUUUGGUACAAUUCGGAGCAGUUGCAGGCAUUGGAGGCUUGUUAGGUGCCGUUAUUGGCCGUCGCAUUACCCCAACUGGACUGCCCCAGACAGUUGCAGCUUUACAUUCAGUGGUCGGUCUAGCAGCAGUUCUCACGAGCAUUGGAAGCGUUAUGGCAGAGAUCGCUCAUGUUUCGACACUACACAUGGUGACAGCCUAUCUAGGAGUCCUCAUUGGUGGCGUUACAUUUACUGGAUCAAUUGUAGCUUUCUUGAAACUAGCUGGUCGCAUGAGGUCUACACCCACCAUUCUACCAGGUAGACACGUCAUCAACUCAUCACUUCUGGGAGCAAAUAUUGCAACAAUGGGGGCAUUUGUGACUAUGGCUCCGGGAGCGCCUGUGAUUGCUGCGACUUGUCUAGGUGCAAACACAGUGCUUAGUUUCUUAAAGGGAUAUACAACAACGGCUGCUAUUGGUGGUGCUGAUAUGCCCGUUGUUAUAACUGUCUUGAAUGCCUACUCUGGCUUCGCGCUGGUCGCCGAAGGAUUCAUGCUCGAUAAUCCUCUCCUGACCACAGUUGGCUCGCUCAUCGGAGUCAGUGGUUCCAUUCUAUCAUAUAUUAUGUGCGUUGCAAUGAAUCGAUCCCUCACGAACGUGCUAUUCGGCGGCAUUGCGCCAAUACAAGCGAGCAAAAAGAUUGAGGGUGAAGUAGUCACGACGUCUAUUGAUGAAACGGUGGAUACACUGGCUAACGCAGAGAAUGUUAUUAUUGUCGUCGGCUACGGCAUGGCAGUUGCCAAAGCACAAUAUGCUAUAUCAGAAAUUACGAAGAUGCUGAGAGCAAAGGGAGUCAAUGUGCGAUUUGCAAUUCAUCCGGUAGCAGGGCGAAUGCCUGGUCAAUGCAACGUGCUCCUUGCGGAAGCCUCCGUUCCUUAUGACAUCGUGCUUGAAAUGGACGAAAUAAACGACGACUUCAGUGACACAGACGUAACUCUCGUCAUCGGCGCAAACGACACGGUGAAUCCAAUCGCCCUGGAGCCAGACUCACCCAUCUCUGGAAUGCCGGUGUUACAGGCAUGGAAGAGCAAAGAGGUGAUUGUCAUGAAACGCGGAAUGUCGAGUGGAUAUGCCGAUGUGCCCAAUCCAAUGUUCUAUAUGGAUAAUACGAAGAUGUUAUUCGGGGACGCUAAGAGUUCGUGCGAUGCUAUCAAGAGUGCAUUGGAGAGUCGAAAGUGA